AUGGAUACCAUCACAAAACUCCUCCGCGCCAGAGCUCUCGCAGAUCACAAAGCGCGUAUUCCCAUCGACAGGCUAGAUGCCGAACACCGCAGGCACUUGGUGCGCGCCAUCAACAAUGUGCUGUCUACCGAGCUCGCUCUGUUCACAUACGCUCAGAUCAUCGACGGCCUUCCCACCGGAGAUGUCGCAUGGGACGUGAGAAGCCCUCUCCUACAAGGGGAGCACCCGCUGGCAACUGAGCACGAAGAACUCUGCCCCGCCGCAAUGGAAAAAGCACGCGAGGUCUGCCCGAAGUGGGAUACGGAGAUGCUUAGGUUCAGCCCCCAGGUGCUCAAUGCAUAUCAAGAAGCGGCUCCCGGCAGCAAGCUGUUCGCAACCCGUCUCAGUGAGAUGGUAGCCAUCGCAAUCCACGAGUUCGGUGUGCUUCUCUACCAGCUUGACUUUUGUGUGCACAAGGGAGGACGAGAAGCGGUCGAUGCCAUUGCCAAGUGGAAGGAAACCAGCAAGCCCGAAUUCAUACACUACCUCGACCACGACAUCUACCCCCAAGGUGUGGCCGACGUUGUGGGUUAUUGGGGAGAGGACCGGAUUCUUCGCGGCGUCGUUGUCUUUGAGCGUCGGGCAGAGGAACGCGACGGCCACAACUCCAAUUACAGCAACCCAGACCCACCAAAUAUCUACCUCUCUCCCUCCCGAGCCAAAGUCACAAUAAGGGUUACGCAGCUCCGCGAUGAGCAGCAGCAGAAACUGGUCGACUUUUUGCUGCUCGAAGAUGCAAGCAAGGCGGCUGAAUCAAGCCCGCUUCCCAUUCUUGUGGACAAGAAGAAUCUCAAACGGUUCAAGCUGGAGUCAUCCAUCGUCAAAUAUGGGAUAUUUUGA